CUUUAAAUAUCAUUUAUUCCCCUUGAAAACUAAAAUGAAAUCUUCUGCAAAAAUGAUAAACACCAAAAGCAUCUUCAUCUUGGCUAUUAUUCUCAUCACUGUUUCACUAUCUGCAGCUCUCAGGCCUGAUUUUUUCGAACCUUUAUCGUCGUCCCAGCAAAACAAAGGCAGCAAAAUAAGCGACCAAAACAACAACAAUGGUGGGGUUGGAGGGUUGUUCGGUCCUGGACCGGGUGGUUUUGGGAUUCCGGGGUGGGGAAAUGGGAUCAUAGGCGGCGGUUAUGGUGUCGGAGUCGGAGGCCCCAACGGAGGAUACUCGAAAGGUGGUGUCAUUAGGCCCAGUGUUGUUUGCAAAGAGAAGGGUCCUUGUUUCAACAAGAAGCUCGCCUGUCCUGCUAACUGCUUCUCCUCUUUUAGCACCUCCGGAAAAGGGUACGGAGCCGGUGGCGGCGGCGGCGGCUGCACCAUGGAUUGUAAGAAAAAAUGUAUUGCUUAUUGUUAGUGGCUAAUACUAUAUA